AGGCAUAAAUACAUCGAAGAUCGAAUUCUCAAUUGUCAUUUUGUCAAAGAUGUCAACUAAAAGUCUAAUAGUGAGUUUGGUCCUGUUGCUUGUCCAUACAUCGUCAGGUGAACAAUGCAAGGCACUGUCGUUUCAACGCUUGUGUGUCACCGAUGGCAGCAAUGUGGUGCUCGAAAACGAAAGGCUGUCAAUGACUAUCAACAAAGCAAAGGGACAGAUCACUGCACUUUAUUUCAACUCGCGUGUUGAUAGUAGUAUCAAAUCAACGAACUUGCUGAAAGGCGGCUCUGGCUAUUACCUUGCCAAUAUUAAUGUAAACGGCAAGAGUUCUGCGGUUGGGCCUAAUGUGGGAAGUAUGAAAAUAACACAGGAUGCUGACCAUAUCGACCUUGCAUUCACAAACAAGGACACAAGCACCUGGCCAAUUAAUUUCGAGUUUCACUUGGUCCUUCAAAAGAAUUCAUCCAUAUUUUACUAUUACUCUAUUCAUAAGUAUUUGAAAGAGGGUUACACUGCAGAGCAGCUAAGAUGGGCGAUAAGGGCCAGCGCGGACAUAUUCAAGUACUAUAGUGUCGACGGAAAGAGAGCGGGCACUAUGCCCAAACAGAAAGAUAUAGACUCGGCUGAGGUUUUACAAGAUUGGACAUACAGGUUCAAAGAUGGAUCAGUUUAUUCAAAAUAUCAGCAAAUAUCGUCAAAUGAAAACAUAAACACUGUGUUCGGUAUAUACGGUGAUCGCAUCGGACUGUCUCUACUGCAGACACACAAAGAGUGGCUCAGUGGCGGACCAUUCAAGCAGGAUUUGACGACACACACCGGACAAAUGCUGCUUUUCCACGAACACUCGGGACACUAUGGCACUCCAGAACUGGUACCCACCAAGGGAUGGAGCAAAGUGUACGGUCCGAUCGGCUUCUAUCUUAAUGAUGGUAAAAGCCUUUCGGAAAUGUAUUCUGACGCUCAGAAUAAACUCAAUGAAGAGGGGAAGAAGUGGCCGUACAAGUUUGUCACCGCAUCAGAGUACAAUGCACAAGGGAGAGGCAGUGUAUCGGGAGUACUUAAAGUGGAUGGGUCGCCGAAUAAAGAGUGGGUAUGGCUUACUCUGACAGACCCUAAGGUUGAUGAUCCUCAGUUAGAAACGGCUACUUACAUGUAUUCCGCAGUGGCAGGAAAAAAUGGUGACUUCAAAAUACCAGCUGUAAGGCCAGGGACGUACAAGCUGCAAGUAAUAGCUAAGGGUGUGGUUGGAAAAUACAUUCAGACCAAUAUUCGUGUACAACAGAAGGAGAAUAAUAAUCUUGGCACGAUCAAUUGGAAGCCGGAGAGCCAUGGCAAAUUGCUCUGGCAGAUCGGUGUACCUGAUAGAAAUUCGGCUGAGUUCAGAUUGCCAGCUGGUUUUCCAUCACCUAUCCCUAAUUUAGCAGAGUACCGCAAGUUUGGCACAUGGCUCAGAUAUUCCAAAACUUUUCCUAACGAUCCAGACUUCACAGUAGGCAGCAGUGACGCGUCUAAAGAUUGGUGCUAUUUCAUGCCUAUGAUUAAGACACCUGGCUCCCCUGCCCAGCUUAAACUCGUCAAUGUCACCCAAAAUACGCAACCUACCAACUGGAAAGUCAGAUUCGACUAUAGUGGAUCAACCUCAGGCACCGCUACAUUGACCGUGGGAUUAGCUGCUAAUGUCAAAGCCGGAAUUCGUGCGCUGAUCAACGGCAAGGAGAUUCUUAAAGUGGUCAAUUUUGAUGGGCCGAAGGCAGAUUCUGCGCUGUUUCGUCAGACAUCGCAUGGUAUAUACCGCCAGCAAAGUGUGACGUUCAAUAAGUCACUGCUAAAAUCCAAGAAUAUUCUAGAGUUCACACCUCCCGGCGCAGUAAGUCAAAAUCAUUUUGACAAAAUGGUGAUGUGGGACUUUUUAAGAAUGGAAGUCAGUAAUUAAUUGUGUUUUCGUAUGUUAUACAAAAAUUUUGUUACCUACUUAAUAAUUAUCAAUGAAUAAAGAUUUGUCUGUUUUGAGUUCCAGCACA